UCUUUACAUUGACCCUUGCCCCGCUGACUGCUAGUGUUACAUUUCGAGUUGUGUACACACAACCGACUUCUACGAAGAGAACAAGACGUUGCUUUUGUGAAGAAAGUAUUAAAGAGCAGUUCACUUGAGUGAAAUUGAAGCCGCAGCAGCUCUUCUAGUCUACAUCUACAAGUCCGUAAAGGUUUUGUGUGCUGCUGAAAAUGAGUGCAAGGCAUCCUGACGAGCUUGUAUUGUGUCUGUGUCUGGAGGACUCCGCACAGUGCGAUGUCGUCAUCCAAGGAAUCUCCAGUGGACACGUCUUCGGCCCCUCACAGCCUCUCCACCUGAUGCUGUGUGGCUCAAAUACCUCCGACCUGGAGGGUCUACGCAUGGACAUUGAGGACUGUACUUUUCCUUUAGUCAAAGGUACGUCUGUGGUCAACAGUUUGUCUGGUGCGUCAGUCACGCCGCAUGUUGUGAUGGUCUUCCUCUCUCAAAGAGAAGCACGCGACCAUUCCCAUGUCGUGCAGUUUGGACAAUUGCCACGGUUGAUUGAUUUCAUCACAGAUAUUAGCGACAUUCUCUCCUCCAGUCCUGCCCUUUGUGACCAAAAAGUGCUGAUAGUUGGUGACCUUGCCCUGACUGCAUCCAGCCUCUUGUCUAGGAAGCUUAAGUGUCUGUCGUCUUCCCAGCUACUGGCCAUUGACAGUGAUGAGCCGUCAGCGGUGCUGGGAAGGGAGAGCAGGAGACCCAAGACUUCCCAGUACGGGCUAUUGUCCAGGCUGUGCACCACAGUCUCUCACUGGUGGACAGGACCUCAGGAAAAGCGUCAUAUAACCAUCAACCUGGGCACAAAAUUUCUGGACACAAAGCAGAGGUCAUCAUCAUCAUCAUCAUCAUCGUUGCCCUCUUUCUCUGGCUACUUCUUUUCAACACCUGUGGACAUCCACUCACCACAAAGCUUCAGCAUGUGCCUGGACAAAUCUGUCAGUAUUGACCACAUCGUGCGGUGCAAGGAGGAGCAAGACAGAGCUAUCCGACUCUUGGCCAGCGUAGAUGAUCAACAAAGAGAAGCUGAGGGCUACGUAAUAGAAGCUCGUCUCUAGCUUUGUUUUGUUUGGGUUUUUUAAAACACCUUUGCAAUACAUUCUAGAACCUGAAACCCUGAACUUACAACAUACGAAGAUGUUUAACCCUAUCCGUACGUCGUGUUAUAAUAUCGUAUCCAUUCGACGUGGGGAACUCUGUGCCACUACUUUCC